ACACAAAAUAGAAUAAAAUUAAUAACAAACAACAUUAACCCGCGAUCGAAUAUUAAAGUAUAAAAUUGAGAUACGAAAUCAUACGGACACUGACGAAAUGACAACUUCACUGUUAUUUAAAUACAACAAACAAAUAUACAUUACAUUAUGAUAAAGUAAAAAAAUAAAGCGGGUGAAAUUUCGACGUCUGUAAGUAUGGGGCUAUGGAGAAAAAAGCUAUUGGGGCAGACCACGCCUCGCCCAGGCUUGUUCGAGCCACGCCUUCACUGGUGGGGGGUCGGAUCGUAUUUGCCAGUCGGUACCCGCAUUCGCGACCCGCGUACGUUCGAGUUUAAAAAAAUAAUAAUUAAAAAAGAAAACCUGUCAAUUUCCAGCGCCAAUUGGCGCGCUUUCUGACAGAUUAGGUUUUUAAUGUUUGUAGUGCUGUGAGUGAGUGUGUUUUUUGGCGGAUCAUUUUGGAAGCUAUAGGAAGGAUUUCGUAUGAUGGCGUAACAACCACAAACAAAAAUGGCGGCGGUAUCAACGCCACACAUGCAAGACUCCCGUGUGAAAAUACAGGAAAGCGACGAAGAACCAUAUUCCCCAACCACCAGAGACACUGUCACCCCCGACUUCAACGAAGAAGAUAAAGAAGAACGCCCCGUACAUGCCUUCUCCAUCCACAACGUUCUUAAGAAGGAACGCACCAGCCCUGAGAAUGUAUUCUCAACUGAGAAACUCCUACAAAACACUCCAAAUUAUGAAGAAAAUGAUAAUAACGAUUCUAGAAAUUCUGAAAGCGUCAGCCCUAGAAUCGACUAUGAUGAUAAUCAGACAAAUGAAUCCAGAGCAGAGAUAAGUGUAGAUGAUGAUAAUUCUUGCUGUAGCGAUGACACAGUAUUAUCCGUCGGAAACGAAGCCCCUGUUUAUGAAAACAACGAUAAAGAACAGGGGCUAACAUCGUUCAAACACAUACAGACACAUUUAAACGCAAUCUCACAACUAAGUCAGAAUCUGACGAUGAGCCAACCUUUAAUCUUACGACCGAAUCCUAUAACCCCUAAUCCUUUGAUGUUUUUAAAUCAGCCAUUAUUAUUUCAAAAUCCGAUCAUGGAUCUAAAAGCACCUAUACCGCGGCCUGCGCCGAGUAAUAUAAUCAACCCUCAAGUUUUUAACCUAAAUUUCAGUCGAAAGACUCAAGAUUUAAGAAACGCACGGACAGACGAAAAUAGGAGACUUAACUAUAUGACUCCAAAGUCCCCUGACGAAUCUAGGGAUUUCAUGAGCCAGAGUUUAAAGUUUAGUAUAGAUAAUAUUUUGAAAGCGGAUUUCGGGAGGAGGAUAACUGAUCCUAUGAAGAGGAAGAAGAGGGAAGUUAAGGAGGUUAAGGAGACGAAGGAGGAGGCGAGGGUGCCGGAGGUGAAGAGUGGGGAGAAGGGAGGGGCCAUCGACUUGUCUAAGGGGGAUGACAGUGCGAGUAAUUCUGGGUCUACCACUGGGACGACGUCCGGGGACGGACCCAUGGUGUGGCCAGCCUGGGUGUACUGUACGCGCUACAGCGACCGACCCAGUUCCGGACGAAGUAAGUACGGGACCUCACGGCAGACACGUCCCCGCACGCGCCGUCCGAAGAAGCCCCCUGGAGAGGCCCCGCAGAGUGACGAGAAACGACCUAGGACCGCGUUCUCUGGCCCGCAACUCGCCAGGCUAAAGCACGAGUUCGCUGAGAACCGCUACCUAACCGAGCGGCGGCGGCAAGCCCUCGCCGCGGAGCUCGGCCUGGCUGAAGCUCAGAUCAAGAUCUGGUUCCAGAACAAGAGAGCCAAGAUCAAGAAGGCCUCGGGACAGAGGAACCCUCUAGCCUUACAGCUGAUGGCACAGGGCUUGUAUAAUCACAGCACAGUGCCCUUGACGAGGGAAGAGGAAGAGCUAGAGAUGAAAGCGAGAGAGAGGGAGCAACAGAAUAGACAGUAGAUUUUGUGGAAAGACGAGGCUAUAGUUUGAACUUCAGUUGGGUAGAUGCAGCGCAAUCACAGAUCAGAUGCACUCGUUUUUUGAUCAGUUAAGAUUUCUAUUCUUUGAAGGAUGCCGGAAGAAGUAAAUGCUCCGUUCGGCUCAGCAUCGCUCUGAGAAAUUAUUACGGUUGACACAACUUGACGUCCCUUUGCAUGUACAACCACAGAUAAUUACUUGAAUUAAGGCUGAAGCUCAGAUCAAGAUCUGGUUUCAGAACAAGCGAGCCAAGAUCAGGAAGGCCUCGGGACAGAGGAGCUAUCUAGCCUUACAGCUGAUGGCACGGGGCUUGUACAAUCAUAGCACGGUGCCCUUGACGAGGGAAGAGGAAGAGCUAGAGAUGAAAGCGAGAGAGAGGGAGCAACAGAAUAGACAGUAGAUUUUGUGGAAAGACGAGGCUAAUUGCUUGAACUUCAGUUGGGAUGCGGCUCUGCUAUCGCAGAAAUCAGAUGCACUCGUUUUGGGUCAGUUAAUUCUUUGAAGGAUGAAGGAAGAAGUGAAGGGGCAACUAUUUAAUGAAUGAACCUGUUAGGUAAAUCAUAACGUAGAGUCAGGCAAAGACUAUCAGGCUACCAACAUCUGCCUUUACAUCAUGACUAAUGGUAACAUUCCAUUUCUAACCGCAGCUGCACUACCGGUACUGAACGCGUCGCUGUCAUUGUCAAUAUCCAUAGUAAAAUUGACAGUAAUGCAGUUGUCGUUGGAAAUGGUAUGUUACCCUUAAAUGGAACACCAUAAACUAUUACUUUAUACAUGUAGGUGGAACAGUAAUUAAGUAGGACUGUGUUUUAUUUUGCAACAAGAAAUGGUGCUGGGUCGCUAAGUUUUCUCUCAGUUUACUGUAGCUGAGAGAAACCUAAAAAAAUAUCAGAAAGUUCCUUUUGACAAAAAUAUAUGCCACACGAUUAUGCAAUAGUUUUUAGAUUUUAAAAACUUAGCCUUGUCUUUUUAGCAAAAAUAUGUAGUCUUGAAUAAAACGUGCAUUUGUAGUUAUUUGGACACGUUAGGUUACUUUUACCGAGGUUACAGUCAAACUUUAAGAUUUCGUUUUCAUGACAAAUUUUAGAAUCUUUGUUAAAUCUUUAAAGUUAAAACGAUUGUCAGUUUCCUUCUUCAAGCAACAUCGGCUUCCGACAUGUCGGAAGAGAGGAGCCGAAGCGAUAUCUUAAGGUGGCCACUGACGAGCCUUCCAAAUGGAUGCCGUUACAAUCGAU